CCCUCGUGGUCUCCUCUCUCCCGAUUCCCACAUCGCCGAUCGCGAAAGGAAAAGAAAACUUGGAGGAAGAAGUCAUGGAAAGUGCUGGUACGAGCUUCAACGACCGAAGGUGGUCGCUGAAAGGCAAGACCGCUUUGGUCACUGGUGGAACCAGAGGGAUUGGGUACGCGAUCGUAGCAGAGCUAGCGGGGCUCGGCGCGAGUGUGCACACUUGUUCUCGCAACGAGAAAGAGCUCAACGAGCGAGUGGAAGAGUGGCGGGGCAAAGGAUUUCAAGUGAGGGGUUCGGUCUGUGACCUCACUUGCAAUACCCAAAAGGAAGAGCUGAUUAAGACCGUCUCCUCUGUUUUUGAUGGCAAGCUGAACAUUCUGGUAAACAAUGCGGCAACAGUUGUUCUUAAGGGCGUGCUAGAUCACAGACCAGAGGACUGCUCUUACGUGUUGAAAGCCAACCUCGAGUCCCCUUACCAUUUGUGCCAACUUGCGCAUCCACUCCUGAAAGCUUCAGGAGACGGCAACAUUGUUUUUCUUUCCUCAAUUGCGGGUGUUGUAGCUCUACCUGCACUCUCGAUUUACUCUGCUUCCAAAGGAGCUAUCAAUCAGCUUACCAAGAACUUGGCAUGUGAAUGGGCGAAAGACAACAUUCGGAUCAACACGGUGGCUCCUGGGCCUGUGAAAACCACCAUCACGAAACCUGUAUUAGUCUAACCGAUAUCUCUAUCCGGAUUU